AUUCACCCCUGUCUUGAAACACGCCCUUGUAACCCGGAAACCAACGCAAUUCUCAGCGCAAUUCUCGCCUGGACUGCCUCCUUUAGGAGCCCUUGAGCCCUUGUCCUUUUAAGGCUGAACACAUCAAUGCAUUAGUCAAAUAGAGCCGGCCUGUGGGCUGCGGCCCCUCGCGAGCAUAAACAUGCUGUCUGAACGUGCCGAAGCCCGAGAUAGGUUUAAGACAGCCGAAGGGCGCUUUAGGUUGCUUACAGAGCGCAAAACAGGACUCCAGCCCUUCAACUACCAGCGCUCGAGUCGCUUGACCCUCGCGAGCCUUCAUGGAGGAGCAGAGGAGGGCACUUGGAUUAUAUUCAACGUUGGCGAUGCGGUCAACGUUUGCCGUUAUGACUCGACGCACAAGGAGCCCUACAAGGCACUCCUCUUUAACAACUCGGCGGUGCGGACGGGCUUUCCCACCUGCCACGCCUUCAUGUCGGCAAAGGACGGCGUGGACUUGCUUGUAGGCCUCGGGGACGGCACAGUGCUGCUGCUAUCGUUGCGGGCCAACCUGUCGCCCCCGGGCAUCAGCUCCAAGCCCUCGGUGGUGGCCAGCGUGCAGCCGGAGGGCGUCAGCGAGACCACCCGCUGCACCGCGGUGGCCUGGGUGCCGCGCUCCGACGCGGGCAUGUUCGUGGCGGCCUUCAACACCGGGAACAUCUACGUCUACAAAAAGGCGCACCUGACGGGCGAGGGCAGCGGCAAGUUCAGCCUCAGCCUGGGCUCCAGCUCCAAGUCGCAGGCGCCCAGCAGCACCAUCACCAUCAGCGGCGGCGGCAUCAACGACGUGGCCGCCAGCCCCGACGGGCGGCAGCUGGCGGCGGCCUGCCGCGAUGGCGCGCUGCGGCUGGUGGACCUGGGCACGGGCACCGUGGUGGCGGGCUUCACCUCCUACUACGGGGCGCUGCUGUGCUGCGCCUUCAGCCCGGACGGCAAGUACGUGGCUGCGGGCGGCGAGGACGACCUGGUGUCUGUGUACGGGCUGGCGGAGCGGUACGCAGUGCUGCAUGGCGAGGGGCACCGGAGCUGGGUCAGCAGGGUGGCGUGGGACCCAUGGGCGGGGAGCGAGCCCGGCAGCGGCUCCCGGCGGGCGGGUCUGUCGGAGCAGCUGGUGCCGGCCACCCGCAUCUACCGGCUGGGCAGCGCUGGCCAGGACUGCCAGCUGUGUCUGUGGGACGUGCAGGCGCCCGGCGAGGCCGACAUCAACAGCACGGCGGCCAUGCUGGCGCAGCUGAGCAUGGCCACUGGCGGCAUGAAGCGCAACGGCAGUGUGGGCGCGCUGGCGGCGGGCGGGCCUCCGGGCGGCGGCUCGGCGCACGACCGGAAGGCCUCCCUGGGCAAGAGCAACGGCAUCUGCCCCUCCCUGCCGCGGGCCGACAUGUUCGUCAUCCAGCCCAUCAUGGAGCACAAGAUCCACCUGGAGCCCAUGUCGGACCUGCUGUUCACGGAGGACGCCAUCUUCACGGUGGACCACACCGGCAACAUCCGGGUGUGGCUGCGGCCGCAGCCAGACGCGGCGGCGGCGGGCAGCCCCCGAGGGGACUAGCGGGAGGCGCAGCAGCCGUGGCGGGAAUGAUGCUGGCCGCGGCGGUGGCGGCAGCGGUGGCGGCAGCGGAUGCAUUUUGGGGGGAUGGUUGCGGCGGGUGUGCUCCGUGGGCGUAUGCGCGGGGGCCAGGUGCUGCGCAGUAUGCGGGUGCUGGGAGGUCGAGCUGCCGCUAGCCGGGCCGCAUGACAGGGAUGUCCGCUCCGCAGGCUGCAGCUGGGGGGUCUUUGCGGAACUUGUGGUAUGCGGCCUGAUGGCGGCACAAGUGGCGUGGCUUGCGGAUUGAGCGCAGCGGCUGGGGCUAGGGGGGAUUGGGCCUGGGAGCAUGCACGCACGUCCCGACGGCGAGGCGGCGCAUAAUGGUUUGCUUUGGCAUUUUGGAUGCUGUUGUGCAUGAAUGGCACCCGACUGCCACACAUGUGGGCGCCGCGCCCCUCGGAAGGUGAGGGCAUGCAGUGGUACACUUAUGUGGUUACGCGUCCUAAGGCGGAGGGGCUGGUGCAGUCUGCUGGACUAGCCACGGAACGAAAGUGCCUGGCGGGAGCCGGGCACGGGACUGCAGCCCUGCGUGGCACGUGGAGCAUGCGGGGUUGGAAGGGUCAGAAGCGGGAUGGCGAGGCUGGCAGGGCUGCGGAGCGACAUCGCGUUUGGACUUUAGGCAUAGGCGAUGCAUGGUUUCUUGACUUGGGCUGAUGGCCACACGCGCCGGGCACGCUUCUGUCACGGCCACGGCACGCCUAUGACGCCCACACCAAGAGCUGGCAUGUCGCCAUGUUGCAAACGUAUCUGUAACAUGUUAUUGCC